AUGGUGUUAAAAACAGUUGUGCCGUCAUUUUGUUCCGGUGGUAAUUCAGCUACUAUGAUGUGGGAGGGAAUGACGGUGUCUUUUGCGAACACCGUUGUGGUACCCUCCGGAUUUUGGAGUGUUUGUGGUUGGGUGAUCUCAUCAGGGGCGGACCUGCUUGGUUGGCAUGGGUGGCACAUGCCACCGUAUUAUUUAGCUACCGAAGGCUGGUGGCCUGGUGCGUGCGAGACUGCGAGUGCGAGUGAGAAGACGACGCGACCUGGUGCGAGUGCGAGAUUAACAAAUUCAUUGUCUCAAGCUCUUCAAAGGAAAGAUGAAGACAUCUUGGAAGCUAUUGAUUUGAUAGGAACAACCAAAGGUCAAUUACAAAUGUUGAGGGAAAAUGGGUUUGAUCAAGUUUUGGAGAAAUGCUACUCUUUUUGUGAUAAAUAUAAGGUCGUGAAGUUGGAUAUGGCUGAAGCUUAUGUUAAUACAAGAAAUUCAAGGAAAAGGAUGAACAUUACCAAUCAACAUUAUUAUAACUAUGAUAUAUUCAACACUGUUUUGGAUAUGCAGAUCCGAGAGUUUGGUGAUCGUUUUGGUGAGAUAAGCAUCGACUUGCUUCAAAAUAUGGCAGCUUUGAAUCCAUGCAAUUCGUUUUCUCAGUUUAACAAAUCAAGCCUAUUGAAGUUGAGUCAGAUGUAUCCCCGAGAUUUUGAUGACAAGGAAAGGAUCAUUCUUGAGCACGAACUUGAUAUCUACUAUCAUUCUAUUUAUAAUGAUGUCAGAUUUGCCAACUUAAACGGUAUUGCCGAUCUCGCCAGAUUAAUGGUGGCAACAAGAAAGCAUCUUUCUCAUCCUUUAGUCCACCGGUUAUUGAAACUAACACUGGUUUUGCCUGUUGCAACUGCUACGGUUGAAAUAUGCUUUUCGGCAACGAAGCUUGUCAAGACAGAUUUACGUAAUCGAAUUGGAGAUGAUUUUUUGAAUUUUGCCCUCAUUUGCGCCAUAGAAAAGGAAGUCCUUAGUAAUGUUAAAAACGAAGAUGUCAUCGAUCGUUUCCAAAAGAUGAAGACACGCUGA